AUGAAGCUUACAGACAGCAAUGUCAUUCGGUUCCACCUUCAAGUCCUUUAUGGGAUCUCUGUCAAGAGUCUUGAGAAGAAAAGGGAGAGACUGAUGAUCAGCGUUUCAAAGAUCUUUGGUGUUCCUCUGGAAAAUUUGCCCAGGUGUUACAUUCCUGAAUUUGGGCUUGUACCUUGCUUUUUGGUGGACGCUUGUUCUUUCCUUCUGGAGCGUGGUGGGACUGUGGGCCUUUUCAGAAAACCAGGCUGUCUUGCUCGUAUUAAGACACUCAGGGCCAAACUGAAUCGAGGAGAGAGUUGUCUGUCCACUGCCCUCCCCUAUGAUGUGGCCACUCUGAUCAAACAGUUUUCCAGGGAGCUGCCAGAGCCGCUGUUUCCCUCGGAGCUUCAUGCAGCCCUGCUCAAAGCUCAGUCUCUGCCCAACCUACAGGACAGGAUGGCAGCCCUCCAGCUGCUGUCCUGUCUCCUUCCUGCAAGAAACGCCUCCUGUCUGCAUUACAUGUUUGACUACUUAGCAAAAGUUUCCCAGAGAUGCAGCGAGAACUUGAUGACCAGCUCCAACCUGGCUAUAGUCUUCGCUCCGUGUCUAUUACCCCCGCCAAACACGACAGAGAUGUCUGAAGGACGGCUCGAGCUCAGAGUUCAUGUUCUGCGCACCUUCAUUGAAAAUCCUCAUUUAUUUGGUGUGAUUCCCAAAACUGUAAUCGAUAGUAUGGAAUAUCUGAUGAACUUCCAUUUUGUGAAAGAUGUUGGCUCCAAGAGUAGAAGUAAAAAGCGGCACAGUUUCAAAGGAAUGCGCUCUGUAAAGACGGUGCCCUUGAUUCAGGGAGGGUCAAAGCUCAGGCCACCAGAGCAGAGCCACGGGUCCACAUCAGGAGACAGACCAACGCUGAGGAGAAGCCUUGGCUUGGAUUCUUUCCCCAACAUCCUUUUGUUCAGGACCUACAUGCCUUCAGCAGAUCAAAGCUUCAGGCCUGCAGCAGCUUUGUUGGAUGAUGUCAUUGCAGCUGAAAAAAAGUUAAACAAGAUGCCACAAGAUGGUCUAAAAAGGUAAACGGUAAAGGUUUAUAAAUUUAACUUCAGUGUUCACUCUAACAUCAGUGACAAAUUAGAGAGCUAAGGCUUAGAGUUGAUGCUACUUGGUUUCAGCAUUUGGCUUCAAGUAAAGCAAAUGUUAACUGUAGAAUAAACCAUGGUGCUUAUC